ACCGAGUAAAUGAGUGCCAGCUUUGGAUUGCGCGUCCGAACAAUCCUAAUUAAUCCCGCAGCACUCCACUGGCAGCAUAUGCCUCGCGGCACAGAGGAGAUUAUAUAAAGCGCGGGGCUCCGGCAGAAGAACACACAUCUCACAAAGCUCGGAUCGAUCACCUCCACUUGUGUGCUCGUGGGUGAAGUCAUGAGCUACCCGCCGCCGGGCACCGCGUACCCUCCGCCGGCCCAGCAGCAGCAGGCGUACCCGCCGCCGGGCAACGGUUACGGCUACCCUCCUCCGGGCCAGGAGCAGCAGCAGCAGCAGCAGGCGUACCCUCCGCCGGCGUACGGCGCGCCGCCGCCCGUCGCCGCCGACUACUACCAGCCCAAGGACGGCGGCGCGUACCCGCAGCAGCAGCCGGCGUACGGCGCGCCGCCGCCGCCCGUCGCCGCCAGCUACUACCCGCCGCAGCAGCAGGCCCCGCCGCCGCCGGAGUCGCAGAGCCGCGGCAGCGACGGCUUCUGGAAAGGAUGCUGCGCCGCAAUCUGCUGCUGCUGCCUGCUCGACAUGUGCCUCUGAUCGCUCCUCACAGGAUGAUCCGCAUACACCUGCUCGCCACCAUCGGACCGUCGUUUCCUCGGCACGUCUCGGAUCUGGCUUAAUUCCGUAUCGCCGUGUGGCUCAGUUACCAGUCAGUCGACUUGCUUUGUUGUUGCUUGUUUAUUAGCAGAGACCUCCCUUCUGUAAUUUGUUGGGCGUGAAUUGGAUAUGCGCGAGUUAUUUCCA